GUAUUAUUUUUACACAUUUCUUUUUACAUCUCUUUAUACAUUUCUGCCUCAUUAUGCAAAUGAGGGGUGAAAUGCAAAGAGAAAAUCAUACAUAAAUAAAUAAACAGCCUGCUUUCUUUGGUGGAAACAGAUGAAACAUACCUGACAGAUUAUGUCAUGGUAAAAAAAAAACUACAAACUACAAAAACAACACUUUACGGUAAGAUGAUUUACGCCCUGGUUGCUCUGGCAACUAAACCCGGAAGUUGUAGUAUCCAUAGUAACGAGGUAAGGUGACGCUAAACCGGAGAGGAGUAUAUUCAGUUUGAAGCUGUAUUUAUAGUCCGUCUCAUCAUUAUUUGAUAGAAAAGAAGAGUUAAAUGUCAAGAAAAGCGCUGAAAGUGUUGGUUGAGUUAAAGUUCAGAGCGGUUUCUUGUCCUGGAGUCCAUCUGCAAGCCAAGGAUGAUAUCUACCUCAGCAUGUGCAUCAUGGGCCGGUACUGUCGGUCUGAAUGUCUGCCUGCCGUCUUCCCUCUGCUCUUUCAUGAGAAGAUGACCUUUGAGAAGAUCUUCAGACAUGCAGUUGACCCUGGAGACAUUGCUGUAAUGCUUGAGUAUGAGACGGUCACGAUUGAACUGGUGCAGCUGAUUCCUCCAGUAACGGACACUCUGGCCUGCUUUGAAGAAGAUGCUCGGAGUUUCUUAUUCCCAGAGCCCAAACUGGUUCCCUCCUCCUCUGGAGUGGACCGAGAGGUUCUGAUGACCCGAGCACCUUACUUUCCAGGUAUCGCUCCAAGGUUGGAGUUUUGCACCAAAACAACCAUCAUUGAGUGUUCAGCUGAUGCAGAGAUCAACAUUUACCCCAAUGUACCCAUGAGGCCAGUGAUGAAUAGGAACAGGAAACACUCCAGCAGACCCAGGAGCUCCUCUCCUCAGAGGAAACCACCUCAGACCCUUGGAAGGAGACGAGAUGGCAGGGCAUACGGAGAAAGACACAGCAGCGCCAGGUCACCGUCGUCGUACGCUCCUAGAGCCCAGUCUCUGUCCCCUGUAAGAGUUAGGAACACCCAGCGCCUGGCCCGGCUCAGCCUGGCCUCUGCAGCUCACAGGGACGCAGCCAGCACCUCCCAGCCUAUGCUGGCCUCGUGGCCUGGAGCCAGUGGACCUGCCUCGCCCCACCGCUCUGCAGUGUUUACCCGCUCCUCCUCACCUUUGACCAGGUCUUCAUCAACAGUGAGAUAUUCUCCAACUGGCAGAAGAAAAUCCUUAUUCAACGGUUUGGUUGGAGGGAUAUCAGAAGACGACUCCAGCUCCUCAGAGACACAUGACCACGUUGACAACCACCAAGAUCCUGACCCGUCAGGGCUGUGGCGGUCCUAUAGGGAACAGGCCAGGCACAGCAGGUCUCAGUCCAGCUCUCACAGAGAAUGGGAAGAGGUCCAGGAGCGUGUUCGGGGACUCCUUACGACACCAAAAGCUGUACGCCGACUUACCUAUGGGGCCACACACUCCGAGGUAGACGAGGUUUUAGCCAGGAGGUCCAUCUCUCCAGGUCCACCGUGAUGAUCGCAACAUGGGAAAGAGACCACUACCUUGCCAAUUAGAUGUCAAGACUCUCCUGAUGUGUGUGUACAGAAAGGUAUUUCACUGUAGUGGUUUAAUAAAUGUUCACAAUCACUGUAUUAAUGACAAAAUAAUGUGUUUCAUGUUAAAAUAAACCUUUUAGAAUUGACUUACUUAGCUUAUAUCUCAGUUUGAACACAGCCAGGAAGCAGUAGUACGUCCCUAUCCCGUUGAUCUAUCAGGCUGACAUUGUGGAGUCCUCAGGUAAAUCCCCAGAAGGUUAUUAAAAGCAAACUGUGUCUAUGGCGAUCUACUGCUGUAUAUCAGAGGAAUAGCUGCUCACUAUGACUGUGAGGCAUUUAAGCACCGGCUCUAUCAGGAACAUUGUGAUCUAUUACAGAAUGGUUGCUGAAACAGAACUCUAUUUUGGUGUACUAAGAAGUCAAACUAUAGGCCUCAGUGGCAGAACAGGACAGGACAAAAGACAAAAGUCUUUAAAUAGUUCUGUAAAUAACACAGUUUGGAACGAGCAGGUGCUGCUGUCUCCAGAGACUGUAGCUUAUAUGGGCCCUGGUCAGUCCGCUUUAGCCACGGUCACAAUGCCCCUUUUGAGUUAUUCACCAGACACUUUACUGUGAUUCAGCCAUUUACAUAGUACAUAAUUCUCUACCACAAUGUCAAAAGGCAGAAGUGUUUAUACCUGUUUCAUGUGAGAUGC